AUGAGUUAAAACCGGAUAUAGCAUCCUCACAACAUUUAGGAUCGCAAUAUGAUGGUAGGACAACCAUAUCCAGUCCCAAGGAACAAGGAAAUGAAUAGUACUAUAGAGAAAUUAGAAGAUGAUUGUGGAAGAUUGCCUGAUUUAUACUUUAGAAAGUUUAGAUUGAUUGAAAAGCUCUACAUGGAACGUCCUCAAUAUCCAUUCGCUACUAAUGUGAGGCUUAGCACAAACAAGCCAGUAUUUAUUUAGCAUGUUUUAUGGGAUAAAGUUCUUAAAGAAGUAUAUUGGAGAGCAACUGAUUUUAAGGAAGAAAAGAAGGCUAAGAUUGCUCUUGCCUUUCACUUAUCAAAAAAGAUGAAAAAACAUAUGAGUAAGAAAUUUUUAGUAAGAGACGAGCUCCACUUCUACCAUAAAUUACUUUGUAUUUAGCUUUCCAAGGAUCUUGAUGAUACUUUUAGUCAAAUUAGAAACUUAAAAGACGAUAGUUAAAUUUCUCAUAAGUAUAUUCCUCCUCAUGAGCUACAAGAAAUUCGUAAGAGAGAAAAAGAAGAAAGAGAAAGAAAAGAAUAAGAAGAAGCAGAAAGAAGGAGAUAAAUCGAAUUAUAAAAAGAGGAGGAUAAGUUUGUUGAUAUGUUUUUUUAGGAUGAUGAAGAAGUGCCUGAACCUUAGCAAGAAACAAUUAAAUCUCCUUCUCGUUAAGUAAAUUAAAAUGGUUAAAUCAAUAAUGAAAAUGGAUUAAACGAUUAAGAUAAACUCCAAUAGGAAUAGCCUGAUGGCAAGAAAUUUAAACCUAUAGCUAGAUAUAUUUAAAAAAUGAUGGAAUUAAAUCCAGAUAGCUUUGAAACUCCAGAAAUAAAAGCUUAUCAAGAGUAUAGAGAUUUUGAAAGAAAAAAAGAUAUCUUAGAUAAACUAAAAGACACAAUCAUAAAGUAUGGUGGCAAAAGAAAAGAAAGACCCAGCAUAGAUAAUAUAUUUAAUACUAUUUACCCUCAACAAUAGCUUCCUCCAUAAAAUUAAUAAUAGUAGGACUAAGCUAAUAUCUAGGAUAAAUAAAUAAAAAAUGAAUUUUAGCUUUCUUCUGCAUAAGAAGAGCCUUAAAAUUAAGAAAUAAAAGAGGAGGAAUCAUAAUAGCAGUAACCACAAUAACAAUAGAAAUAAUUUGUUAAACCUUAAUAUGAAGAAGAAGAAAUUAAAUUAGAUCCUAUCUAAAAGAACAAUUCUAAUGAAAGCAAUUAAUUCAAAGCAUAUCCCUAAGAAGAAUAAAUGAAAGAAGAAAUAGAUUACCUUGCUUCAAGCGAUUAAAAGUUGAAUGAUGAUCAUAACUAAUUUAAUUUUGGAGAGAAAAAAGAAGAGAGUAUGAUAGAUAAUAAUCAAAAUGAGCCUAACUUUUUGAAUGAUUUUUCUCAAGGCCAUUCUCACAACUAAGAAUAAGGACAAGCUGACGAUUAUUUUAAUAUUUAAGAUUCGUUUGAGUAGAGCAAUAAAAAGAGUGAUGAAUCUGCAAAAGUAUCUCAAGAAGCAAAAUUGGAAGACUUUGUCAAAGAAGGCUAAGAUCCUUUGCAAGAAGUAGAAAAGAAUGGUGUGUAAAAUGCUGGAGAUGUUGUUAUUUUAGAAGAUAAAAAUAAUAAUUAAGCAUAAAAUAAUGAACAAGAAAAAUCUAAUGAUUAAUAAAAAAGCAAUGAUUAAGUCUUAGAUCAAGCAAGUGGUGAAAAUAAAGCAGAUAAUUUAAAUAAUGAAGCAGAUUAAAAUGCUAAGGAUUUGAAUUAAGUAAAAGAAGAAUUUUAGGAUUAAAUUGACGUUUAAAACAAUUAAGAAACUUAAAAAGUAGUUCAAAUUGAUGUAGAAGCAAUUGAAAAUGCUAAAAAUGCAUCUGAAGAAAACAAGUAAGAUGAUUCUAAGAAAGAAGAAGAUGUUUAAGAAAUAAAAAUGGAAGUUGAAAAUAUCGAAAUUAGCGAAUAAUAAAUAAAAAGUGAGCAUGAUGAAUAGGGAGGUGCAUAAAAUGCUGAAUAAGAAAGCGAGAAUUAAUUAAGUGAAGUUGAUAAAAUAAAACAAUAAAUUAAAAACACUCUACAUAAUUAAAUAUAAGCUUAUGAUCAAUCUGUUUGCAGCAUUAUGCAAGUCGAAGUAUCUAAAAAAAGAAAAAAGAAAGAUGAUAACUAAAAAGACACUUUAAAUGAAGAAUUUCUAAAUCAUAUAAAAAAUUUAAAUCCUCAAAUAGAUCCUAAAAAGAUGAAAUAUGAAAAUUUAAAUGAACUACUAACAUUCAAUUAUAACAAGAAUUAACUCUAAUAAGAAUAUGAAAAGAUAUUUGAAAAAACAAUAAAUAAUUAUUCUGAUUUUCCAAGUAACUUUUCUUAAAUUCCAAGAGUUUAAGAAGUAGAUGAAGAUGAAAUAGAAAUGAAAGGUUAAGAUUUAUAUGAUCUCCCAUACGAAACUUUUUGUUUCACUCAUGGUAUAGAAAUGGAUAAAUUCCUUAAGAAGUGUCAUCAAUAUUUGUCUUUAAUGGUCAACUAAGAUAAACUAACCAAGAUAGGCAAUCCGACUAAGGAAUUGUUAAAUAUGGAUGAAUUAUUUAAGACUUUCCCAAUAGCAAGAAAAGAUAAUAAUUUGUUUGCUAUAUAUACUCAAGUUGAUCCAAAAUAGCAAACAAUGGCCAGAGUUUUCAAUGAUUCAUUUAUCAAUAGCAAUGAGAAAUACAAAGUUAUAUCAUUGAUAUCUAAACAGCCUAUUUUCUUCUUCUUUUUCGAAUACUAUUAAGGUAUUUGGGGAAACAAGCACCAUUUAAUAGCUAACAGCUUAAAUUCUAAUCCUAUUACCAAACACUAUCAAUUCAAUAAUAAAAUUGUUGAGAAGUUGGACUGGACUUUGAGAAUUAAGAAGAAAGAAAAAUUUGCUUACUUGAGUGAGAACAUUUUGCCUACUAUGUAUAUGUUCAAAGGAGAUAAUGUAAAAGUGAAUGAGUAAUUAUAGCACUUCAUAGAAGAAAAGAAGAAAAAAGAAGAUGAAGAAUACAACAGUAUGAGUAAUUUAAUAAACGAAGAAAUUGAUUUUGAAGAAGCUGUAAACAAAAGAGAGAAAUCUGGAGCUGUAUCCAUCCUGAAGCCAUAGCAACAAAUUUUUAAAAAUAUGAAUAAAAGUUUUGCAAAUUACUUCAGUUAAAAUAAACUCUAUGAUGUAAGUAAUAAACUAGAAUAUAGAAAGAGUAUAAUAGAAUACGCUCGUCAAGUCAAAAACAACACAAACAAAUAUAUUUUUGAUAAUAAAGAGGAGGACAAAGGUAAAACUAUUGAUUAUAGCUCAUUCACUAAAAUGAUUAAAGUAGAAGAAGUAAAAUCUUAGCUGAAAAUGGCUAGUUUAAAUUAAAAUAAUCCAAGUUAUAGACUUAUCUCUAGAAAAAAAGUUAUAAUAGAUCAGAAUAACGAGCUUUAUCUUAUUUUAAAUAACCUUAAGUCUCAAAUCCCAAAUAAUAUGAGCGGACCUUAACCAACACCACAUGGAAACAUGCCUCCAGAGAUGAUGCCUAAUUAAGGAGGUCCAUAUAGAGGCCCACAUCCUUCUUAACAUAUGAGACCGGGUAUGCCAAUGAUGAGCAGAUAAAAUAGCAAUAUGGCUCAUGCACCUUAUCCUAAUUACCCUCCAAAUGGUAUGCCACCAAAUCCUUAAUAACAUAUGAAUCCUUCUAGAACUCAUCACGGUUAAUAUGAUCCUGCCAAUGGUCCUUAAAGCAGUUAAGUUCCACCAGGUCCUGGAAAUCCACCUAUCCCUCCAUAAGGUCAUCACAGUUAAAGUAUAUAGUAAGUUCCUCCUUCUUCAGCUAUGAUGCAUCAUAGAUAACCUCCUCCUCAUGGUAUGAAUCCCAACUCAUAAGGUCCAGAAAGAGGGCAAAGUGGAGUUCCACCAGGUAAUCCACCUCCUGUUCAUAUGCAUCCAGGCUAAGGUCCCCCUCCAUAUAAUGGUUAACCUGCAGGCGGACCUAUGAAUUAGCAUCACCACCAUCAUUCUAUGUAAGGACAUCAGCCGAAUUCUAAUUCAUAACAAAACACUCCUGGCGGACAUCCUCCUAUGCAUAAUCAACCUCCUCACGGUCAAAUGGGACCUGGUGGCAUGCAUCAUCCUCCAGGAGGAUCAAUUGAAAAAAAUAUGGGUCCUCCUCACCAUAACGGAGGAAUGCCUAAUCAUCCUCAGCCUCCUCCAUACCAUUCUGGUCCUCCUCCCCAUGGACAUGGUUAUUAGCAAGGAAACAUGCCUCCCCAUUCUUCCUAAAUGCCUCCAUAAGGGCCUCAUUAAGGAGGAAAUAUGGGUCAUCCUCCUAUGAAAUAAAUGCAUGGUUAACACUAAAACUACCCUCCUAAUCACUAAAUGAAUGCCCAUAAUUAAAAUAUGCCUCCUCAUCCUCAAGGUUAGCCAAUGCCCCCAAAUCACCCAGGCCCAGGAAAUCCUUAAGGCCCACCAAUGCCUCCUAUGCAAUAGCAAAGCAGCCAUGAUCCUAUACCAAUAAAUAAAAAGAUAAAGAAGUCUACUGAUAACACAUCACCAAAGAAGCCUGCAGCUAAAAAAUCAAUUUAAGGUACAGCAAGUGCUGCUCCUUCUCAAGCAUCAGAUAAUACCAGUGAAAAAGGAACUCCUAAGAAAAAAAAAUAAACUAAAAAGAAAAAGAAUCAAGACGACCCUAGCUAAGUUUCCUAAUCCUAAUUAUCAAUGCCAAACUAAUGA